CGACGACGACGACGACGACGACGACGACGACGACGACGACGGGCGCGAGUCGCGCGUGAACGCACGCGAGUGAGCGCGCGCACGACCGUCGAGGACGCGCGCGACGGGAACGCGGACGCGGAGGUAACGCGACGCAUCGGCAUCGGCGUUCGGCAUCGCAUUCGGCGCCAUGGCGAGCGCGCUCGUGCCGAAACGGCGACGGGUGGCGACGGAAAACGCGAUGACGAAGCUGAGUGGGAACGGGGAGUCGUGCGCACUGUUUAACUGUAACUAUUGCCAAAAGGACAUCUCGAACGUGGUGCGCGUACGGUGCGCGGAGUGCGCAAACGUGGAUCUGUGCACGGAGUGCUUCGCGGUCGGCGUGGAGCCGCACCCGCACAAGGCGUAUCAUCAGUAUCACGUCAUCGACAACAUGUCGUUUCCGCUGUUCACGCGAGAUUGGGGGGCUGACGAAGAGUUGUUAUUGCUGGAGGCAGUGGAGAUGUUCGGGUUGGGGAACUGGACCGAGGUGAGCGAACACGUCGGGACGAAGACGCGCGCGCAGUGUCACGCGCACUAUUUUGAAGUCUACGUCAAGUCUCCUUGCGCGCCGUUACCGGAUAUGUCGAAGAUUUUAGGAAAAGGCGUCGCGCGUAUGACAUCAGACGAGCUCAAAGCGGAGGCGGAGCAAAAGGCGAACGAAAAUAAGGAUGUGGAGGAGGAGGAGAAGCUUCUCGAAUCGCUUGCUAACCCGAACGCAGUGAAGACGGAGGGCAACGUGCAGGAACUCACAGGUUACAACAUCAAGCGCAAUGAGUUCGAUCCCGAAUACGACAUGGAUGCCGAACUUCCCCUGGCGGAGAUGGAAUUUCGCGAAAACGACACCGAAGAAGACGUCCAGAUGAAGCUGCGAAUGAUUGAAAUCUACAACAGCCGGCUUCAAGAACGAGCGAGAAGAAAACAAUUCAUUCUCGAACGCAAUCUGCUGAACGUGAAAAAGCAACAAAACGUGGAAAAGAAGCGUUCACAAUACGAGCGCGACUUACACGGCACCAUGCGUAUAUUUGCACGCUUUCUCACGAGUACCGAGUACGACGUCUUGCUCGAGGGUCUCGCCGCGGAGCACCGAAUCCGAACCCGCAUCACCGAACUGAAAGAGUACAGACGCAAUGGUAUUCAUACCAUCGCAGAGGGCGAGGAUUACGAUUUGGAGAAGCGUCGUCGUGAGACGGAGUUCGCUCGUCUACACGCGAUCGAGCAUCCAACUAGCAAGAACAUAGCCAGAGCGAACAACUUAGGUCCUCGCCGUCGAAUGUACUUGUCACUUGAUCUCGCCGAUCUUCCAGGCGUAGACCUUUUGAACGACGACGAAAAGGAGUUGUGCAGGAGCUGUCGCUUAUUGCCUGUGCAGUAUCUCUCGAUGAAGGUGGAGUUGAUGCGAGAGGGUCUCAAGUCCGAAAAGCCGCUCAACAGAAAUCACGUUCGGAAUAUGUUCAAAGUAGACCCACUCAAGGCUAUUCGUGUGUAUGAGUUACUCCUACAGCACGGCUGGGUGUUGGAAGACGGCUUCGUGAACCCAGGUGAGGAUGAAGACUCCGAACCUGCGCCGAAAAAGUCAGCCAGCGCAGACGAGGAGGAAGACGAGGAGGACGAUGAAGUAGAUUACGAAACCGACGAUAACGACGAAGACGAGGACGAGGAAGACGACGAGGAAGAGGAUAGCGAGGAAGACGAUUAG